AGACAAAUCCCGGCCAUUGGUUGCUAUAGCUGCUUCCUUCCUUUGCUGUUGCUGUUGCUGUUGCUUUCAGCUCUCACCGAAUCCAACCUCAGCUGCUUCCAUUUGUUCCCAUUAAACAAUUAAUAAUGCUCAAACUCUGCUGGAGAAGGUAACCAAGCCGCGUAGACCCAGACAAGGAAACUCAGUAAACGCUUCUAUAUCGAUCUUUGUUUGUUUUUUUUGGCUAUAUAUAAAAGCUGCGUCCAUCAUCCCAAAACAGUUUCCGGGUUUGAUUCAUAUUAUUGGUGGCAAGCUUCAAGAUGUCAUCUUUAACUCUGGUUCUGUGGUUCGGGUUGUUCUUGUUGGGUGUGGGUGUGGCUAUGGCGGCAGAGGAGACUACCACGACGACGACGACGUCGGCGUCGAGGGAGCUGGACCGGACGCCUACUUGGGCCGUCGCCGGAGUCUGUGCUGUUAUCAUCAUCAUCUCUUUGAUUUUGGAGAAGGUCCUGCACAAAGUCGGAACGUGGCUUUCAGAGAGGCACAAGAGAGGUCUGUUUGAAGCUCUGGAGAAGGUUAAAGCGGAGCUGAUGAUUCUGGGUUUUAUUUCACUAAUCCUGACCUUUGGCCAAAGUUACAUUGCCAAAAUCUGUAUUCCGCUUAAGGUUGCAAACACUAUGCUGCCAUGUAGUCAAGCUUCAACUGCUUCGGAAGAUGAAGAAUCAACAAGUCGCAGAAGACUCUUAUCGACUGACCGCCGAUUUUUAGCUGCUGCAACUACUACUGCAUGCAAGAGUGGUUUUGAGCCACUGAUCUCUAUUAAUGGAUUGCACCAAUUGCACAUCCUCAUAUUCUUCUUGGCUGCCUUUCACGUAGUAUACAGUGCUAUCACAAUGCUUCUUGGGAGGCUAAAGAUUCGAGGAUGGAAGGCAUGGGAGGCUGAGACUUCAUCGCAUAGCUAUGAGUUCUCAAAUGAUCCUUCAAGAUUCAGACUUACUCAUGAGACAUCAUUUGUGAAAGCACAUACCAGUUACUGGACUAGGAUUCCAUUCUUCUUUUAUGUUGGAUGCUUCUUUCGACAAUUUUUUAGGUCUGUUAGUAAAUCUGACUACUUGACAGUGCGCAAUGGAUUCAUUUCUGUCCAUUUAGCCCCUGGAAGUAAAUUCAACUUCCAAAAGUACAUCAAGAGAUCGUUAGAAGAUGACUUCCAGGUCGUUGUCGGAGUCAGUCCCGUACUAUGGGCAUCAUUUGUGAUAUUUUUGCUCCUUAAUGUUAAAGGAUGGCAAGCACUAUUUUGGGCAUCCAUGAUCCCUGUCAUUAUAAUCUUAGCCAUUGGAACAGAACUUCAAUCCGUCCUGACCAAGAUGGCUCUAGAAAUCUCAGAAAGGCACGCAGUGGUUCAAGGGAUUCCUCUUGUACAAGGCUCUGAUAGAUACUUUUGGUUUGGUCGACCGCAUUUGGUUCUUCAUCUCAUCCAUUUUGCGUUGUUUCAGAAUGCGUUCCAAAUUAUAUAUUUCUUGUGGAUAUGGUAUUCAUUUGGGUUGACAUCUUGCUUCCAUGCCAAUUUCAAGCUAGCAAUUGCAAAAGUAAUUGUAGGGGGCGGAGUUCUAUGUAUGUGCAGCUACAUCACACUGCCACUAUAUGCCCUCGUAACUCAGAUGGGUUCAAAUAUGAAGAAGUCCAUCUUUGAUGAACAAACAUCCAAGGCCCUUAAGAAGUGGCACAAUGCUGUGAAAAAGAAGACCACCGGGCAAGGAGGCAAGUCUCCUGCUCGAGUCCUGGGUGGGAGCACUGUUGGCGGAAGCACUGUUGGUGGAAGCUCAUCUGUUUCGGCCGUGCACUCCUCUGGACCUACAUUGCACCGUUUCAAAACAACCGGCCACUCAACCCGCUCCUCCGCUUUCGAAGAUCACGAGACAUCAGAUCAUGAAACCGAUCCUUUGUCACCCUCAUCAUCAACAAACUUGAUAGUAAGAGUGGAUCAAGGUGAGCAACAAACUGAAAUAACCGAGCCACACCAUGAGGAGCAAACCACCAUUGAAAUGGACGAGUUCACAUUUACGAAGCCUGAUCUGGCAAAACAAACAUGAAAAACAGCACAGCAGCAAGCAAUGCCGCCUUCCGAUUGCGUUAGAAAUUUUUUUGUUACUUAGGCAGAAAGAUUAGUGAAAUCAUUGAAAUAUUGCAGCUACAUGUAGUAGCACAUCUUGUACAUCAAAUUGGUUGUUCAUAUGUUACUAGCUGGUAAGUAAUAACCACUUCAUCUUUGUACUAGCCUGGUUUUGCUCAAUGAUUCUUUUUUUAUUCCA